UAGCGACAUUUUAAAUAUUACUCAAAAUAAUAAGAUUUUAUUUUAUAAACGACAGUUAAGAAAGAUCUAUGAUGAAUCACUUGAAAUCUAUUUCACAGAGGAAUUCAUGGUGCCAAUUGAAACGUUUACAAUCUUCAUUGUCGUCAGUGUCGAAUUCUAAGAUCCAAAUACCAGCUAGGGUAGAACGUGGACCAACAGAUAUCUUAAAUGCUCUUAAUAGAACAGUACCAAGUGAUCCAAUAAAAAUUGAUUAUGUGUAUCAUGAUGAUCCUUUUUUACUUCCAACCAAGAAACAGGAUUUUCGUAAAUAUACAUUAUCAUAUGAAGCAGGCAUAAAAGCUGCGAUGUGGAUUCAUGAAGAACACGGAGAUUUAUUUCCAAAACAUCUCUCAGAACCAGAGAUUCAGGCAUUUAAAUCAUUUCCAACAUACACUGAUGAAAGCCAAGUAUCUGAGGAGCUACUUUUGCAAGUCAUAUCACAAUGUAGAAUAUCUGAAGCUGUUCAUAUAUACAAAGUGUUAAAAAACAAAGUUAGUAAUGAAGCAAAGCAAUCACUUUUAGAACUAUUGUGUUUUCAUAACGAUCAGACCAGUGGUAUGCAGACGAAUUUUUAUUUUGAACGAUUUUAUCAUAAAAUUGCAACUGUGGCUACGUGGAAGUAUAGUGCAGAGAUUGAUGAACUGUAUGAGUUUUUGCUAAAGCAAGAUUCUCUAACAGCAGCAGCAGCUUAUAAUGCCAUGAUAUGUGGUUUAGUAAAAUGUUCAAAACCAGAGAAUGCAUGGCAGAUAUUCAAUAAAUGCAGCGAAGCAGAUGUUCCAUUGAAUGUUACUUCUUACAAUAGUGCAUUACUCGCGAUUCCAGCUAUUAUGGGAAAGAAAAAUGCAUCUAAAAUCCAACAUGUAUAUGAUAUUCUCAGGGUAAUGAAUAAGAAGGGAGUAAAACCAAAUGUUAAGACACUGAAUGCCGCUCUUAGAGUGUUUGUUCAACCACCACUAGAAAAUUGUAGUAAAUAUGUAAAAAAAAUAUUGGUAGAAUACAAAAGAUUAAACAUACAAUUUUCAUUGGCGACUUAUUAUUACAUUAUACUUCCGUUUCACGGAGAAGGUAAAAGUACGCAUCAAGAUUUUUUAUAUAUUCUAGAUACAAUAAAAGAUGAACAUUUUACGAUUCAAGAUAGCGCAGAUAUUAAAUUUUUUCCUCAAGCUAUGAGUUUAGCUUAUUUUUACAAUGAUAGAAGUGCGGGCGACCAGGUACAUAAACUCUUACAUACUGGUAACAACGAUAAAUUUCUUGCAACCGAAACAGUGCAAACUACUUAUUACUCUACGUAUAUCUUAUUGCUAUUAGCGACAAGCACAGUUGAUCAAUUUUUCUAUUGGUACACAAAAUUUGUUCCGAGUAACCAUGUGCCGAACAUACGGCUGUUUACAACAAUUCUAAAUAAUUUAGAGCUUCAUGUACCAGAAGUUGUAGUGAAAUAUAUACUAAGAAUAUGGUCAGAUCUAUAUGCUUUUCAUCCUAAGGAAAUGUCAUUAAAAGUUGCUGCAAUGCGUUUAAUGAAUAUUGACAUUUUACCAGCUGUUUCACCUUUAAGGACAGCUUUUACGAAUGCAGCCUUGAGUUGGUGGAAGGAUAUUAAGGAAGAAAUCGACGAGAAAUUACUUUCCAAUUCGACAAGAAAUUGGACUCCUCCAAUUGAAACUAAUGUGACAGGCUGUAUAGCGAAAAUGCUGUUACAGGGUGGCUAUUCAGAAGAAACCAUAGAAGUUUUGCAAUACACCGUUAAAGAAUUGCAUUUGUUUGUUCCAACAAUGAGGGAGAAGCAAGUAUUGGAAUUAUUUGAUAGAUGUAUUUUGGCGGAAUGUAUCGAAGCGGCUCUCCUUCUUUUGGAAUAUUCUGUAAUUGUGGGAUUUCCACAUACCGUUAAAAUGUGUACAAGAUUGCAAACUUUACCAGAACUUACGGAUAAUGAUCGCGAUAGAUUGAUUAAUUUAGUGGGAGUGGAUGCAUUGAAUGUGUCGGAUACUACAUCUAAAGAAAUUAAUUAG